UAGACGCACACCACAUCCUUCAGCAGGCAGGGGACAUCCCAGAAGAGGGGAAUGCAACUCGUGCAUCACUGCCUGUAGCGGCACAGCCCUAGGCAGUGGUACCCAGGGCCAGGCUGUGCCGCCGGGGUCGCUGGCCAAGCCGUCCUUGGUUACCUGUGUCCAGUUUGUUGGGCAAAUGAUUGCGUUGAAAGGAAGAAGUAAGACUUGGGGAGAGAAUGUUGAAGACAUCGGAGAGGGUGGAAAGGAAAGAGCAGGGUAUUUGGGGAACAGUGGCUAGAACUCUGAGCCUUUGGAGGAAUCCCGGUUUUGCAGAUGAUAAGAUGAGAUGAAGCCGUGGAAUAGGAACAGGAUGUCCAUAGUAACGGGAGAGUUGGUGAGAAAUGGUUUCCAAAUCUCCUCUCUUGCAAUUGCUCAUGUCUGGUUUUGCAUAAAAGAGAUUUAAAAAGGGUAAAAUGGAGUAGUGGAAAGAGGGAUGAACUGUUUGUCGGGCGAUGUCAGUUCUAGUUUUGACUUUACUGUUUUAAGCAAAUUAGGAUCUCACUAGGCCUUAAUUUUCUUUAUUUUUUCCAAAAAUAUUGCAAAGAUUUAUGAACAUCUACGUACAAUGUGAUAGAUUCUUUGUAGGGUUUAAACAAAGCUGUAUUAAACAUGGCUCUUGCACCAAAAGAACUGCUGAUUAUUAAGCUAUAUUUACAGGUAAUUUGGAAGGUAAAUUUUAAGAUACUGAGUUCAUGGUUUUUACUUUACUGCAAUACUCUUAGAAAACUUCAAAGUUUUCUUACAGAUUUUUCUUGUGGAUUGGCAGGUAAGUUCUACACAUCCAUCAACAUGAUACAUUCAUCUACAGUUCUGUUUAACUUAAUGUAGGGAGGCUUAUAAAACUAACAGAAAAACUCUAAAAUAAAGCAGUUUACUAGCACACUUGUUCACAUAUUUCAUAUAUCACGAUAGCUUCGCUUUUUAAUGCUUCCUGUAAAGUUGGGAAAUUGUGAGAGAUUCUGGGGCAUCCUAUUUUAAGUGCUCAUUGACAAAUCCUUGAAAACAUUUAAUAUGUGACAUUUGUUUGUAUUUGUGAUCCAUGCUGCUGUGGCCUUCGGUGGCAGUGUGAAGGGGCAUUUUGUACGUGGUGAAUUACACACUACCUGCAGUGACAUUGCUCAUGUGCGAAUUCUGGCACCAUUGCUCACUGGCUGUGUGACCUCAGGCAAGCUUCUGAACUCUCAGUCUCAGCUUCUACAUUUGUGCAGUAGAGAUGAUAAUAGUAAUUUUCAGGUAUUUUCAUAUGCAUUAUUUGACUUGAUUCUCACAAUGAUUUCUCUCCUUUUACAGAUAACACUGAAGGCCCAGAGAUUGGAAGAGGAGUGCAUGAGAACCUCUAAAAUGCAGGCUUCUGGCUCCAGGUCUGUACACCUGAGUGACUGGCAGAAGAAUUACUUUGCAAUUACAUCUGGUGGGUGUACAUCAGGACAGAAGGCAGACGCGCACCGAGCGCAGAUACUCCGCAUCCAGUAUGCAUGGGCAAACUCUGAGAUCUCCCAGGUCUGUGCUGCCAGACUGUUCAGAAAAUAUGCAGAGAAAUAUUCUGCAGUUAUUGAUUCUGACAAUGUUGAAACUGGCUUGAAUAACUAUGCCGAAAACAUUUUAACUCUAGCAAGAUCUCGGCAAACUGAUAGUGACAAGUGGAAGUCUGGGUUGUCAGUAAGUAAUGUAUUCCAAAUGCGUCACGUGCAGGAGAUGAUGCACGCCGGCAGGAGGCACAGAGACUCUCUGCUGGCACCUGUGGACGCAGCAGUAGUCAUCCACAAAGAGGCUGCGGUCUUGGAGCUUCCUAAAUUUAGUGUUUGUGGUAGUUCUGGGGAGAGCCACCCGUUAACUAACUCAGCCCGUGGUGCCAACAGGACCCAGGACUUCCCAGAGGGCAGUGCUUCUUUGAAGUGCCCUCAGAAUGCCCAGCCACCUCUGGUCACGAACACCACUAAGACGUGUCCUGCAGUCUCAGUACCUUUCGGUGAGUCCGCCACUGCAAAAUUCCAUGCCAGACCAUUAUUUGGAAAUGUCAAAAAGGAAGAUGACAAUUUCCCGAAAGCCAACAUAGGACUAAAUGUGUUCUCAUCCAAUCAGUCUUGUUUUGCUUCUGGCUGUGAAAAUCCCCGAGAAAGGAAAGCUUUUUAUGGUUCUGGCGCCAUUGAUGCCCUUUCCACCCCAAUAAUGAGUAAGGCUUUUAGUAAAACAGAAGAUAACGGCCAAAGAGAGGACAGCAGCCUGCCUGCGUUUAAAACUGCAAAAGAACAGUUAUGGGUAGAUCAGCAGAAAAAGUACCACCAGCCCCAGCGUGCACCAGGGUCUUCGUAUGGUGGUGUGAAAAAGUCUCUGGGAGCUGGCAGAUCGCGAGGAAUAUUUGCAAAGUUUGUUCCCCCCGUACCUAAGCAGGACGGGGGAGAUCAGGGCGGAGGGGUACAGUAUAAGCCUCAUGGCGCAGGGGCUGCAGAUCCAGCACAGCCCGUGGACGAACGUCUGAAGAACUUGGAGCCCAAGAUGAUUGAGCUGAUUAUGAACGAAAUUAUGGAUCAGGGGCCUCCGGUAAACUGGGAAGAUAUCGCGGGCGUGGAGUUCGCCAAAGCCACAAUAAAAGAGAUCGUUGUGUGGCCAAUGAUGCGGCCAGACAUCUUCACUGGCCUGCGAGGACCCCCCAAAGGAAUCUUGCUCUUUGGCCCUCCCGGGACUGGUAAAACUCUGAUCGGCAAGUGCAUUGCCAGUCAGUCGGGGGCAACCUUCUUUAGUAUCUCUGCUUCCUCCUUGACGUCUAAGUGGGUGGGCGAGGGGGAGAAAAUGGUUCGCGCGCUGUUUGCGGUCGCACGGUGUCAGCAGCCAGCUGUGAUAUUUAUUGAUGAAAUCGAUUCCCUCUUAUCUCAGCGGGGAGAUGGUGAGCACGAAUCUUCUAGAAGGAUAAAAACCGAGUUUCUAGUUCAGUUGGAUGGAGCAGCCACAUCUUCUGAAGAUCGCAUUCUAGUGGUGGGAGCAACCAAUCGGCCGCAAGAGAUCGAUGAGGCUGCUCGGAGAAGGUUGGUGAAAAGGCUGUAUAUUCCCCUCCCAGAGGCUUCAGCCAGGAAACAGAUAGUCAGUAAUCUGAUGUCCAGGGAGCAGUGCUGCCUCAGUGAGGAGGAGAUCGACCUGGUGGUGCGGCACUCUGGUGGGUUCUCGGGGGCUGACAUGACGCAGCUCUGCAGGGAGGCCUCUCUGGGUCCUAUUCGCAGUUUACAGGCUGCCGACAUUGCCACGAUAACGCCGGAUCAAGUUCGACCAAUAGCUUACAGUGACUUUGAAAACGCCUUUAGAACUGUGCGACCUAGUGUAUCUCCAGAAGAUUUAGAGCUUUAUGAAAACUGGAACAGGACUUUUGGUUGUGGAAAGUAAACGGGACACUUGAAAUUAAAAAUAGCAUCUUUGUAGUCCAAUCUUUCCAUUUUUUAGCAUAGGAAAUGUAUUAAUUGUACAUCAAAUGUAUGUUCUGAAUUCUGUACCUCAAAUAAAAUAGAAUAACAA